AUGGCUGUGUGGGAGGAAAGGAGGGGGGAGCCAAAGACCAUAGGGAGAACCAUGAGGCCAGACUGGAAGGCUGAUGCCUCCUUCCCCCAAGUGAAGGCAAGAAGAUCAGGUGAGAGCAUCCCAGAUUCCCCUCUGCUCAACCAACAUAAGAUUCAGCAGGGCUGUCAGGGUGUCCUUGAGGUAAAGCCAGUCAUCAGAGGAGCUUCCCAAGGAUGGACGGCCCUUAUAUUCCUGCUGCAGGGAACAGUCCAUGGGAAGCGUGGCCUUAGCCCAACCACAAAGAUGGAUUUCAAAGCACAGUGCAGGGCACUUAGCCAGUUGAGCUCCCUGGAGCAGGAGGUCUGUGAGUAG